GCGACGUGUUCUCGCCCUGGCUAUCUCUCUUUUCUCAAACACCUAAAGGAGUUGGAGUCAGCAGUAACAGAUCCAGGAGGUCUGGGAGUGGAACUGUACAGCAAUGGGCUGAUAGAUAGAGUGAUACGACAGAGAGCGUCCCUCAUUUCCGUGACGCAACUAGAGCGUAGUCGAGAACUGCUACAGAAGUUGGAGGAUAAAAUCGAGUCAGAGGAGGCAGCGUUUGAGAAAUUCCUCUCUAUUCUGGUUCCAGAUCCGACUUUUGAAGAUGUAUGCACGAAGUUGAGAGCUACCAGAGAAGAAUUCAAGGAUAUCACUAACAGUUCCCGUACAUCUUCAACACACCAUAACAAUUGGCUGACGUCUUGGAAAACUAUACUAACUGGAGUCUCUAUUUUGAUCAUGGUACUAGCUGUGAUGUGGUCUAACACAGACUGCUACCAGCUGGGACUCUGCCACUCAAAGAGUCUGCCAUCUGUGAGUCAUUUUGUCGGUCGAGAGGAAGACAUUCGCAACAUCACUGGCUACCUUGACUUCUACACCUCAGAUGUUCAGGUAGUUCACAUUGUUGGACCUCCUGGGUUCGGUAAAUCCACUCUGGCCAUGAAAAUUGGGGAAAUAUUUGUAAGGAAGUGCGUAAAAGUUUGUUAUGCUGAUCUCAGAAUGAUUAAAGAUGUUGAUAGUAUGUCUGAGAUAAUAAUGCAUAGUAUUGUUGAUUCCCCC